AUGUGGCGUUCUGUUGUUACUUGUAUUCCUACUCCAAAAAAACCAAUAUCAAAACGAAGUCAACAUGCUCUCGAAGAUAUGCGUCUAAUAAAACAAAAACAAUUAGUAGAUGAUCCUAUAGGUUCUAAUCGACCAGUUCUACCAAAUAUACGAUUGAUACCAAAAACAAAAUUUCUCUAUAAAGGCUUAGCAUAUAAAGAAGUUAAGAAAAUAUCUGGUAUUAGUAAUGAAUAUGAUGAUUAUAGUACAAAUUCAUUAAGAAGACCAUUAGUUGAUUAUAAUCGUACUCAAGCUUAUAUUCGACAUGAAGUUAAUACUGCACGAACAAAAAGAAUGUAUCAACCACCACCAACAGCACAAAGUAUAAAUGGUGAACAAUCAUCAAGAAGUCCAACAGUAACUGAUAUACGUGAAGUAAGAAAACGUAUUGUUAAAGGUACAACUGUUGCUCAUCAUCCUGCAUCAAGACGACCUGGUCGAACUGAGACUAGUUCAGUUUUAGAAUCUGAAGUACUUGUACCUGUAAGAGGUUUUAGCACAUUAAGUCAUUUGCCCGCAGCAACAUCUCUUGUAACUACAUCACUACCACAACAUAAUGUUACUGGAUAUACAUCACCCAUGGUAUCACAAAAUUUUGAUAUUCCUUCAAUAGAAACUCAUAUUAAUAUUAUUCCAUUGCCAAGUACUACAGAACAACGUCCAUCAACAGCAAAAUCAAAAUUAUCGAGUUCAGCUCAACAAACUAGUGGAUCUGAAAAGCCACUAUUAACUAAAUAUGUUAAUCGACCACGAAGUACGUCACGUACUACACCAACAACAGACAUAAUUCUUGAUACGUCAUCAAUGAUAAAUAUAUAA